AUGCAGCAGACACACCACUCAAUAUUUGUGGAACUAAGCAUAUUUAUUUUGUCUGAUGAUGGGCACCCAGCUUCGCCUGUUUUGAAGGAUGUUGAUAUAACGUAUGAACCUGUCCUCUUCAAUGGCUCUUUCACGAAAGCAACGAUUUACCGACAACCACCAGGGCCACUGGUCGAUGAAGCAUGGCUCGCUCUCGGCACGCGUUUCGCGUCAGUGCUUGUUCCGGAGGAUGAAGCAGAAAAAUACGGAAUUAAACAAGGGCAGGUGAAACGAAUGAAAGAACAAGGUGGAGGCUUUUUCGCGCAUAUUGGGGUUUUUCAUCAUCUCCAUUGUGUGGACAUUGUAUCGACAUGCUUCGUCAAUGUAGGGCUGUUGCCACAAUGGUGGGUGAAACAUGUUGGACCAUUUGCUGAUUUCAAUACUGUCCACAAAUGUCGAAACUUUGAGGCAAUCAGAAAGUGGACAGAGAAACAUCAGAGCUCCCGUGAAAAUGACAAAGCUGAGAGGAGGCCUGGAGACAUAGUCCUUCCCGAUAUACCAUGA